UUUGGAGCAAGCGCAUAUGGGAAUAGUGUCACAGGUGGGAGGAUGCGCCACACCCGAACGGCGCCAAUUGACCUCAUACUCCUCUGAGAGACGGUGCCCCACGGCCGAUCGGAAAGGCCCGUCGCCAGUCAAUACUUGGCGCUAGAAAACCACACCAGACCAGCCACGAUGCUGUCAUCAAGGCCUCUCGCCAGGGGCCUUGGCCUGCUGACAGCCCGACCCUCAACCACAGCCCCAUGCGCAAUCGCCGCCCGCCAAGCCAGCAUAACGCUACUGGCAGCAGCACCAGCAGCAGCAGCCGCCGCACAACCCACUCCGAGGCGAACAUUUUCAUCCACGGCCGCCGCCGCCUACAAGCAAAAGCCCGUCCGCGACAGCGACAUCCCCAUCCCCUCCCCGACCGCCCAGCACCCCGAGAUCCCCGCGUACCCCUACGGCGAGCGGCGCAUCUACAAGCAGUCCAACACGGGGCUGUACGGGUCCGCCGCCAUCGCCUUCGGGCACAACGUGUCCAAGAAGCACGCCGUCAAGACGCCGCGCAAGUGGCGCCCCAACGUCCAGAGCCGCCGCCUGUGGUCCGAGGCGCUCGGCAUGAUGGUGCGCACCAAGAUCACGACGCGCGUCCUGCGCACCCUCGACAAGGUCGGCGGGCUCGACGAGUACCUGCUAGGCUCGAAGGCCCAGCGCAUCAAGGACCUGGGGCCCUGGGGCUGGCGCCUGCGCUGGAGGCUGAUGCAGACCCCGGCCGUGCGGGAGCGCUUCGCCGCGCAGAGGAUAGCGCUCGGCCUCCCGCCCGCCGGCCUGGCCGCCGAGGCGGGGGCGACUGCCGCCCUGCAGGCCCAGCCCGAGGGCCUCAGGGCGCUGAUGGAGGAGACGCAGGCGAUGCUGGACAGCGACAAGGAAUUUGACCUUGGCGGUCCCGAGGCGGACGGUGUGAGCGAGGACCGGCUGGCUGACCCCGGCUUCAUGUGGGAGAAGGAGAAACCACGCAGGGGGGACACCGAAAAGCCAUAAACUGCCAAAGCCCUGAUCGGUUUCGAGUCCUGGCUUACAGCUUUGGCGAAAGCUGGGCGAGGUGGGCGAUACUAUGUACAAACACGAGCGAUAUAAAAAAGGUACAUCGGAUCUCAAACAGGAGUAGGCGAUGUACGUGUCUCCUGAAAUGCCCGUGUCCGUCUGCCUUGGAGUGCAUAUCAUAUGCCUUGAAAAAUUACCCUCCCUAUGUGACAUCU